AUGUCCUCUCCAAAGAAAGAAAUCGUUGGUGAUUGGGAUUUCGGAUCGGACAAGAAUAUCCCUUAUUGGACCGAAGACAUCCAGCCAUGCGUCGAAGAGUGGAGUCCAAUAUGCGACGAGGAGAAUGUACCCAUACUCUGCGAAUGUGGCCAAAACAGUAAAGAAAACGACUUUCUUAUUGCUUUCGCACGAUGUGUGGGCAGCGAGGCACCGACAAAAAUCGAGAAUGGUUUCAUGGGAUUGCAAGCCGAUUGUGCGGAACAGGGGUUAUCAGUCAACAUGACAAAAAACGAGUUUAGACGAAUUGCGAACGGAGGCGAGGUGUACCCUACAUCAUCUGGUUUAUCAACUGGUGCAAUUGCUGGCAUUGCUGUUGGUGCUGUUGUGGGAGGAGUAGCAAUAAUUGGUCUUCUGGUCUGGCUUUGGCUCCAACGUCGCAAGAAGAAUGGGGAUAAACUCGAGUCUAACCCACCCAAUUCACCGAAACCUGAGAGCGCCUGGGGACCAGAGUUCAAACCUGAGUGGACUGCCAACGCGCCGGUCGAGUUACCACCAACGAACUAUGCAGCAGCCGAGUUGCCGCCAGAAUCUGUACCUAUAUACGAGAUGGACGCGAUGCCGACGAAACCCGUGGAGAUGCAAGGUUCAAUGCCCGAAGAUGUAAAGAAGGAAGAGAAGAAGGUGGAUAAUGAUAAUCAAGUCAUUUAA